AUGGGUUGGACCGGUGCCAUCACCUCUUCAGCUUACCCCGCCACAAUCGUCGUUUUGCUCCUUGGCCUCCUACUUGCUCUUCCACGAUGGAUACGUUUUGCGAUACCUUCUCCAAGUAUAGCACCUGCCGCCCCCAUGUGCUAUAGAAUCCAACAAAUUCCUGCUACUGUGACAGAAACAGAGCUUCUACGCCAGUUGGUCGAAUCUAUUCCAGGCUUUGAUAGACUGAACCCAGCCAGCCUUCGCUUGAAGAUCGCACAUUCGUUCGGACAGUCUCGCACCGCAACAUUCAUUUCAGUCAAGGCUCCAAAGAAUCUAGGGUAUCAUGUCGACAAGAAUUUCUACGGGAUAACCCUUUUAUUUGAGGGGGAGAAUGCUAUGGUGGACAUCAUUGCGGUUCACGGUUUAGGCAGUCAUGCAAUUGGUGGCUUUCAAAGUAAAGAAACCCAAGCAGUUUGGCUUCGCGAUUUUCUACCUAAGGAUUUCCCGAACAGCAGGAUUCUUGUCUACGGGUAUGGCUCAGCUGUCACCGAUAAAGACAGUAAAAUCUCCAUUGAGGGCCUGGCAAGAUCCUUUCUAGACUCCUACAAGGCCUUCCGACAAACGACAGAGACCACACAGAGGCCGAUUAUUUUUAUUGGUCAUAGCUUGGGAGGGCUUUUAAUCAAAGAGGCACUCAUCUUAGCAAAUCAAAAUGACAAAGACCGUGAAAAUAGCGACUUCUUCAAGUCUGCAUCUGGAUUGAUGUUCUUUGGUGUCCCGAAUCUAGGAAUAAAUCUCGGAAAGCUACGAGAGAUCACCCGCGACCAACUCAAUAACCAGCUAAUAAUGGAUCUCCAACUUGAUUCAGAAUCGGAACCAACUCCGUAUAUGAAAACACUACUAGGAAGGUUCAGAAGCUGCCAUGAGAAGCAGGAUCCGCCAAUGAGAAUUAUCUCUUACUACGAGGAGAAAAUGACCGAUACCCUGAUGGUCGACAAAAGUGGCAAAAUAUCAAGGGGAGGGCAUAAGUGUUUCAUGGUGACAGAGGAAUCCGCGUGUCAGAUCGGUUUUAUGAAUAACACCCACGAUAGGCUGCCUUUGCCUUCUAAUCAUUCAAACUUGGUAAAAUUCUUGAAUGAGGCAGACGACAGCUACAUAAGAGUACGGAACAAGUUGCGAAGUCUUAUCGAAGAAGGUCCGGAUGUUGUUUCCAAGCGAUUUAUACCCCCGACCAAGCUUUCGCCAGAAGAGAAGCGACACUGGGAUGACUUGAACGUUCCUGACUACCGAGCCUUUUACAAAAGCGGAAAACUAGCGAAGCCAACCGAAGGGACUCUUCAAUGGCUCGUGCAAGAGGCCCCUGGUGAAAAGAAUCCUUUUAUAUACUCUUAUGAUAAGUACGAGUAUGAUAUUCACAGUCUACGAGCAGAAGAUUUCAAAGCAUGGCAAAAGAAUCCAAAGCCAUGUGCACUGCUAGUACUCGGGCAACCUGGGCAAGGCAAAUCAGUAUUAUCGAAUUUUAUAGUGUCCCACCUCCAGCAACAGCAGUCCACCAAUAAGAAGAGUAGUGUCAAGGUGAUCUACUUCUUCUGCAAUAUCAAGGACAAUAACUCGAGAACUACUUCUUCUGUUCUUCGGGCACUGAUAGUGCAGCUAUCCGAAGACCAGAGACUGUUUCGGACUCUUCCCAACCGAUUCCAAGAGCCAAAAGAGUAUAGAUCAUUUCACUCAGCCGGGUUCUACGACUUAUGGAGCACUUUCCAUGAUUUAGUGUCGUUGAGCCCUUAUGAUUGGAUUCACUGCAUCAUUGAUGGCUUGGACGUGUAUCCAGACCCGGAGAUGAGAUCCCUAGUGCAAAAAAUGCACGACAUGGUUCAGGUCAAGUCAGCAUACCGGCUGAAGCUGUUCUUUACCAGCCGGCCAACUGGUCCUGUGGAUAUGUUUGCGGCUGAACUAAGACGAAACCUCCGACCACCCCAAAAAGACAUAAAGGUUUUUAUCGAAUCGCAGGUUGAGUCAUUGCCUAAAAGAUUCAAAAACUUCAAAAGAGAGAUAGUAGACUCUCUUAUGAACUUUGCAGGGGGUACUUUCCUUUGGAUACAUAUUGUAUUAGGGGAAGUCCAGAAGCUUCGGUACCCAACCAGUCUUUCGGUUCAGGAAACAAUAGAGAAGACGCCACUGGCCCUCAACGAGUUAUACACGACCUUGAUACAGACCGCGUUCAAAGACGACCAUGACAAGGCCAUUCUGGCCUGGGUAGCCUAUGCUAAAAGGCCACUUUCUCUUGAAGAACUGGAAAUGGCCGUGGCUGUGAUGGUUACGAAUGCGAACAGCUUGUCAGAAUGCAAUAAGCAAAAGGCCUCUUUGGAUAGUGAUUCCAUUCAUGAGAAGCUGGGAGCAUUAAUCGAUAUCAUCGACAACCGCCUCUAUUUAAUCCAUCAGUCGUUACUGGAUUUUCUGAAGGGCCAGCAGGAAAUAUGGGAGAAAGGAGGCCUCACGCUCAAGUUUCAACGACAUCCGAGUGUUGAAUUAGGGAGGGUGUGUCUGAACUAUCUCAGUUUUGCUGAUUUGACCUUCAUCGAUAAAUCUGAGCCUCGCUCUCCGCGUGAUUUUCUUUUCCCUCACUACGCCUCUAAUCAUUGGUAUGAGCAUAUACAGAGCGCUGAGGACGUCACGGGAUGCGCGGAAAAGCUGAAAUACGCAUUAAAGGGCCAAAACAAACUAUUUUGGCUGAACAGAAACUAUCGGUGGGAGCAAAGGGCUUCCCGGAGUCUGUUUCCUCUACGUAAAUCAAUGUUCAGCAUAUCCCUUGUGUUGGACAUUGGUUGGCUGGCACGAAUACUGAUAGAUAACAGUAUACCCGAAAUCUCAGAGAUUUUAAAAGAACGCGACCUGAUGAUAGCAGCCGGAGGUGCACCAAAGGUGGUUCAAGAGCUGCUACGGGAUAAAGACGCUUUCCCAAGGGUCAAUAUGGGAGUGGGAAAAGCUACACCCAAGAGCAAUAAUCUUAUAAAGAUCCUCCUGGAACACAGAAGUGAUGAAAUUAAAAUCACGGAGAACGUGCUUAGAGCAGCAGCAAUGAAUUUCAUCAAUGGAAAGGAGGUCCUAGAGCUACUGCCAGAAGAGAGAGGCGGUGAGGUUCGGAUCACCGAGAAGGUGCUUAUAUCAGCAGCAAUGAAUCGCCACCAUGGGAAGGAGAUCCUAAAGCUAAUGUUAGAGGAGAGAGGCGAAGAGGUUCAAAUCACGGAGAACGUGCUUCUGACAGCAGCAUUGCAUCUCAAACAGGCAAAGGAGAUCCUAGAGCUAUUACUAGACAAGAGAGGCGAUGAGGUUCAGAUCACCAAUAAGGUGGUUAACAGGGCGAUGAUUAAUUCCAGGAAUGGGAAGGAGCUCCUAGAGCUACUGCUAGAGAAGAGAGGCCAUGAGGUACGGAUCACAGAAUAUUUGAUUGAAACAGAAAUAAGAUUUCAGGAUGGAAAAGCCCUAGAGCUACUGCUAGAGAAGGGAGGCGAUGAGAUACAGAUCACAGAGAGGGUGCUUCUAGAAGCAGCGAAGAACGUUUUCCGUGGUGAAAAAAUCCUGGAGCUACUAUUAGAGAAGAGAGGCAAUGAGGUUCAGAUCACGGAGAAGGUGAUUCUAGCAGCAGCAAAGAACAAGUCUCGGGGUGGAAGAAUCCUAGAGCUACUGCUAGAGAAGAGAGGGAAUGAGGUUCAGAUCACGGAGAAGGUGGUUGCAGCAGUGAAGCAGUUUAGAUCAGGGAGGAAGUGGUUAGAGCAGCAAGGGAUCGUAGGCUGA